AUGGAUAUCCGACCCAACCACACGAUCUAUAUCAAUAAUUUGAACGAAAAGAUCAACAAGGAGGAGCUGAAGAAGUCGUUAUAUGCUAUCUUCUCGCAGUUCGGCCAGAUCCUGGAUAUCGUCGCAUACAAAACGUUGAAAAUGCGAGGCCAGGCGUUCAUUAUCUUCAAGGAGAUAUCAAGCUCAACAAACGCGAUGAGAACGAUGCAAGGAUUUCCGUUCUACGACAAACCGAUGCGCAUCAACUACUCCAAAAGCGACAGCGACAUGAUUGCAAAGCUGAAGGGAACCUUCCAGGAGCGCCCGAAACGCGUCAAACAACCAAAACCGAUACAGACGGAGGAUAAGAAGGCGAAAAAAGCGAAGAACGCCGGUGAGGUGGGAGCGACCAAUAACUCGGCCACUGCCGAGCAACCGCCAAAUCAGAUCCUGUUCCUGACCAAUCUGCCAGAGGAAACGAAUGAAAUGAUGCUGUCGAUGUUGUUCAAUCAAUUCCCGGGCUUCAAAGAAGUGCGAUUGGUACCGAAUCGGCACGAUAUCGCAUUCGUCGAGUUUGCCUCCGAGCUGCAGAGCGGUGCUGCUCGGGAAGCCCUCCAAGGAUUCAAGAUCACUCCAACGCACGCGAUGAAAAUCUCUUUUGCGAAGAAGUAGAUGCAUUUCGAGCGCUAUCCGUUUUUAGGAUACCUGCUCUCUCUCGCCAGUGGAUCAUCGGAGCACCGAUGCUGCCACAGGUAAAUUUUUUAAUGUACCAUUUUAAUCGAACUGAAUCAAUAAACCAUGCAUUAAGCAUUGCACUC